GACUCCGCCUUGUUUUGGUAGCUGUGGUCAUAUGACCAGCGAGGCAGGGCUGAAAAUGUCAUGGACAGUUAGAUUUAUAAGUGGGCACCGCCGAGUUUUGGCCUCGAUUCGCAGCUCAGGACCGUGAAAGGCAGGUCAGCCCAAAAUGAAGGCGAUUCUCCUCGUUGUAGCUGCCCUGGCUGCACUGACAGCGGGAUCACCGUGUGUGACGGAUCAUGACGAACUCGUGCUGAGGCUCAAUAAGGAGCUGCUGCGCUCCACUGAAGAGCCGGACUCUCUGCCCAACCCCAGCGUCCACAUUGCCCUGCGCCUGUCCACUCACCACAACCUGGCCAAGGAGAGCCAGCACCUCAACCAGCUCAAAACCAAACUCCACGAAGACAUUCAGAAAUCUCUCAGUGGGGGUCAGAUGGUGGUGGGCCGCCUGGCUCUGUACAUUCUGGCUCUGAAGUCUUCGUGCCACGACCUGGACAGUCUCACUCUGUCUGAGGGAGAGUCCAGCGACGCCCUGCUCACCCACCUCAAGAGACAGAUGGAGAAGGAGAAAGAGCACAUUGCAUUGAGCCACCGUCCCCUGACCAACUACUACCAGUACUCUCUGGGCAUUCUGGCUCUGUGUGUGAGUGGAGUGAGGGUCAGCUCACACGUCAGUCACAAACUCAUCCACGCCGUCCAGCACGGCCAGAUCAAGCACGGCGACUCCUUAUGCAUCGACUCGUAUGCGAUGGCAGGCAUGGCUCUGCAGUGUCUGAAAGAAGCUGGAACCCCAGUGAGGAAUGAGGAGGAGCUGAGCAAAGCUCUGGCUACCAUCAAACAGAAGCUUCAGCACUCCCAGCAAGCUGAUGGACACAUAGGCAAUGAAUUCAGCACUGGACUGGCUUUGCAGGCUUUACUGGCAAUGGGCAGUCAGGUGAAGGAGUGCUCCACCUCUAUGGAAGCUCUCCGUUCAGACGCUAGAAAGGGGACGUACCACAAUGCAAUGGCUAUCUCCCAGACCCUGCCUGCUCUACAACAACGCUCCUAUCUCCACCUGAAGAGCCACGAGUGCCGCAAUGAGGACGACACUCUUGUUCUGGAUGCUGCUCCGGUUGUGGAAGUCCUGCCAAGCCUGACCAAUGUCCCUGUGCGGGUGGAGGUGCUGAAAGCUGACGGCUCGUCCUCAGAGUAUCGCCUUGACGUUCCCAGUGGCUCCUCGCUGCUUGAGGUUCUCACCCUGCUUCGGGACCAUCAGAUGGGCUUCACGUUUGAGACGGAGGACAGUCUGUGGGGACCCUUCCUUAGCCGGGUGAAUGGAGAACAGGCUCGGCAGACUGACCGGAGAUAUUGGCAUCUCUCCUCAGAUGGCAGUGGUCUGAGAGAGGGCAUCAAGGACUAUAAGAUUGUGACGGCUCAGAAGAUCACCAUCAAGAACACUGGAUACUGAGCACUGUGAUUAGUACUUGAGACCAAUGAAGAAAAGCAUCUACGUAUUAAUGUUAGAUUAUAAUAAUUCAGUGCUUUUCCCCUUUUUAUAGAUGUGUUUUAAAGUUGAAUGUACUUUGAGACAUUUUCCAAAUCCUUUUUUUGCGUGAUCGUCAAAGCUGUUCAACCAGAUCGAAUCAGUAUUUUAAUAAAGUUUAAUAAAAGUUUCAUAAUGACAUUUUGAAA